AUGAACCAGACGAGGAUUUUUCUGCUUUCUCUAUUGGUGGUCAUAUCUUCAGUGUUGGGCAGAGCCUCUGAGCUGGCCUUCUUGAAGGAGCCCAAUGAUGUCAUCGCCGUGCGUGAUCGGCCCCUGAUGCUGGACUGCCAGGUGGAAGGGGAGGGGCCUAUCUCUGUGAUGUGGCGGCGCAACGGAGUGCCCGUUCCCACCGGGCCGAAGGCUAGCGUGUUGGCCAACGGAACUCUCCUGAUCAAGAGCUUCCAGAAGAGGAAAGAGAGCAAUGAGACGGACGCUGGGGUUUAUGACUGUGCUGCCCAGAACCACUAUGGCAUGUUGAUCAGCCGCAAGGCCAGGGUUCAGCUGGCAUCUCUCCCUAAGUUCCACACACACCCAGAGUCCAAGACGGUGGAUGAGGGUGGCGUUGCCAGACUGACCUGCCAGGUGAACGGAAUCCCAGAGGCCAGCAUCUCCUGGGAGAAAAACAGAACCUCUGUGAAUACUGAUGACAACAGGUACACCAUCCUGCCCACAGGGAUCCUGCAGAUAACCGGUGUAAGGUGGGCUGACAGUGGUGUGUAUCGCUGCGUAGCCACCAACAUCGCUAACACUCGCUACAGUCACGAGGCCCAGCUCACUGUCACUGUGGCAGCUCCACGGAUCUACAAGGAGCCAGUGAUUCUGUCAGGUCCUCAGAACCUGACCAUCACUGUGCAUCAGACUGCCAUCUUGGAGUGCAUCGCCACUGGCAACCCUCGACCCAUCGUGUCCUGGAGUCGGCUGGACGGGCGCUCCAUCGGGGUGGAGGGUAUCCAGGUGCUGGGUACGGGGAACCUGAUGAUCUCAGAUGCCAACCUGCAACACUCUGGGGUGUACGUGUGCUCUGCCAACCGCCCUGGGACCAGAAUGAGGCGUACUGCACUGGGCAGACUGGUGGUGCAGGCUCCUCCUGAGUUUUUGCAGUGGCCGCAGUCUGUCUCCAGACCAGCAGGGAGCAGUGCAGUGUUCACCUGUCUGGCCCAGGCAGUUCCCGAGCCUCACCUCAUCUGGCUGAAGAACGGCAAAAUCCUGACGCCUGGUGACAAUGUCAAGCUCACCAACAAUAACAGUACGCUGGCGGUGACGCGCAUCACCACGGAAGACGAGGCCAUCUACCAGUGUAUUGCUGAGAACAGCGCUGGCACCAACCAGGCCAGUGCCCGCCUGGCCCUCACCCAGUCCACGGAGUUGCCCGAGGCCCCCCAGGACCUGACUGCCACGGCCCUGUCCCCCACUACCCUACAGCUCACCUGGGUCCAGCCCGCUCCAGAGGUCACCGACGGCAUAAUCGGAUAUGUGCUGCACAUCCGCAUGUUGGGCGAGCCAGACAGCAGAGAGCUGCAGGAAGCUGUCAGUAAGACCACCUUCCAGCAUGAGUUCACCACCCUGGAGCCCGCCACCACCUACUCCAUCUACCUCAAGGCUUACUCCCCUCUGGGAGCCAGCCAGCAGUCCAGCACUGUGGUGGCUACAACACUAGGGGGCGUACCCAUUUCUCCCAGUUUCUUCACCAAGGUGCUGAACAAGACGGCCAUGCAGGUGUUCUGGGAGCUGCCAAGUAAGUCGGGCAAGGUAGAGGGCUUCAAGCUGUCCUACCGCGAGGUCCCCCAGCCCAACUUCCAGGGGCAGGAAGCGUUUCCCGGCCACAUCAACACCCACACCAUCUCCCAUCUAGAACCCGCUGCUGUGUAUGAGAUCCAACUGGUGGCCUACAACGGCAAUGGGGACGGUGCUGCCAACAAGCAUCUGGUUUCACUGGCUGAGAGUGGUACCAGCGCCAAGACCAGCUCCGGUGGGCAGAGUCCAUGUAACUGCAAGCAGGAUGAUGAGGGGUCCAUGACUGGCAUUGUGGUGGGAAUCCACACUGGCAUGGCAUGCAUCCUCUUCUGUGUUCUGUUCCUCAUGUUUGGCUACCGCCGCAGCUUCUUCUGCAGGAAAGGGACCCAAGAUGGCUGGUCAGGGCCCCGAGGAGGAGGCAGGAACCAGCGGGCUAGCCCACCUAAAGAGGGGGUGAUCCGCAUGCCCGAGGUCAUUGAAUUAGUGCCACAGAGAUGUGACUCUAUCACUGCUCCAGUGAUGGUUGUUAAGGGUCAAGCCCCCCCAGCGCAAUGCCAAGUCCUCAUCGAGCAGCCCCCACCAUGCCUACCUGGCACAGGCACCGGCUAA